CGGAUUACGAAUAGGAUUUCAUCAAUGUUGUAGUAAAAUUUGAAUAUUACGAACAAUAAAUCGAAUACAAUAGAAAACCAAAGUGGAAAAGUAAUAAAACUGUAGAACGUGUGAUCUGUAGGGCUUUAAUACAGAAAUGCAUACAUGCCGACAGUUAUUUUACAGUCCAGCACGUUGGAAAUGCCUCUUACCUAUUAAUGUCAAACCUGCAGUAUUUUCAUUAAAAUCCGAUCAAUUUACAGUACAAGAAUGCCGCCACUACUCCGGAAGGAAGGGUUUCUUCUCAUCUAUUAUCGAAAACAUAAAAGAAGACAUAGCAAAAAACAAAGAGAUGAAAGAUAACAUCAAAAAAUUCAGAGAAGAGGCUCAGAAACUAGAAAACUCCGAGGCAUUACAGGCCGCAAGAAAGAAGUUCCAUGCAGUAGAGUCAGAAGCUUCAAAGAGUUCUGAAGUUCUAAAGGAGACCUUGGAAGGUAUUAAGGGCAAAGUUGGACAUGUCCUCGAGGAAGCAAGCAAGACUGAGAUUGCCAGGAAAGCUGGCAAGAUAACAGAAGACAUUUCAAAGAGUGCAAAGGAUGCAGCUGAGAGUAUAGCUGACACAAAGCAAAAAAUUGGACAAACGUCUGCCUUCAAAACUAUAUCACAUGCUACAGAAGUGGUGAAAAACGAAAUAGCGUCGAAAGGAAUCGAAGGUCGAGUGUACGUCUCGCCGAUGGUUCUACGAAAACGGGUAGAGGUAGCGAUGGAGUCUCGGUCAUUUGAACCGGACACUCACACAACGGGCGUGGAAUUGCAUCGAGACUCCAAAUUCUAUCAACAAUGGGAGAACUUCAAGAACAACAACCAGUAUGUCAACAAGGUAUUAGAUUGGAAACUGAAAUACGAAGAAUCAGACAACCCAGUAGUGAAAGCAUCUCGUUUCGUCACCGAGAAAGUCAGCAGUCUCUUCGGCAACAUGUUCGAGAACACGGAACUAUCGAAAACCCUCACGGAAAUCUGCAAGAUUGAGCCCACUUUCACAGCCCAGAAGUUUUUGGAAGACUGCUCUACGGAUAUCAUACCGAAUAUCUUAGAAGCCAUGGUUCGGGGAGACCUGGAUAUUCUCAAAGACUGGUGUUACGAAGGAGUUUUCAACAUAAUAGCAACACCGAUCAAGCAGUGCAAACAGCUCGGCUACAGAUUGGAUUCGAAAAUUUUAGACAUCGAACAAAUAGAACUAGUCAUGGGCAAAAUGAUGGACCAAGGGCCCGUUUUAGUGAUCACAUUCCAAUCUCAGCAGAUAAUGUGCGUGAGAGACGCGAAGGACAACGUUAUCGAAGGAGACCCGGAUAAAGUGAUGCGAGUGAAUUACGUUUGGGUCCUUUGUCGAGAUCCUCAGGAAAUGAACCCGAAGCAAGCCUGGAGAUUAUUAGAACUCUCCGCUAACAGUGUAGAACAGUUGAUAUAGAUAGAAAGUUGUGUACAUAUGACUGUGUAGAUUAAAUCGUUG